AGUGCUAGUCAGUCGGCGAGCGACCUUCCGACAUCACGGUUAGCUUCCCUCUUCGCCCUUUGUCUUGAUCGCGAGGACACCCUUAGAGAACACGCGAGCGAUUAGCCCAGGCACUCGAUUAUUCAGACUCAUUAACUCAGGAUUAUCCUGCGUCCGGGAUACUGCCGAUAGAAAGUCUUGUCCUUCGCGCGGCUGACAUCUUCACUAAUUGCGUCCCUGAUUCUUCUUCUUAACGCUUGUAUCUUGCAGUAAGGAAUCAGUUAUCGUUUCACAUUGUACCUACAUCUUGAGAUCCUGACAUCCUGACAUCCUGACGUAUUGACAGGUUGACAGAUUUACAGGUUGACAGCCUCGCGUCUUGCACGUUGUAUGUUGUCACGGUUGUGGGAUCCUUUAGUACUACUGGACAGAACGUGGAUAACAAGGAGAACCGGAUAAACGGAAUGGAUGGAAUAAACGGGAAGAGGAAUGAGUUCCUCGAGCUGGAGAGUCGCGCAUCGCACGUUUCCUAGUUCUUGCAGAAGAGUGUUUAACGUGCUUAACGUGUAUAACUCGUCUAACGUGGCUAUUGUGCAGAGUGCAUCUGACGUGUCACUCUACUUUUCUUGUGAAUAUCCUUCAUUUCGGGUAAACGAGACUUUAAGAAGAGACGCUGCUUCCGGUUGAAGGUCACGUGUCGCAGAGUGCCGAGAGGAUCAAAGUGGAUUAAGAGAGACAUUUAAAGAAAUCGAAAGUGGGAAUUGCGCGAAGAAUAGAAAAACCCAAAUCUGGACCAAAUCACGUAUUGCUCGAGUGCACUGAGAAUUUUUUUCUUAACUUCCAGAAGAAUUGUGAGCAGUGUAGUCGGAAUUUUUCAGACGCUGUUCUGGACUGUCGAAGUCUUGUGAAGAAGUGAUAUUCGUUGAUGUAAAUAUAGAGAAAAAGACUGAGUGAAUAAAAGGGAAGGAAGAAAGAUAAACCGAUACACCGAAGGAGGCUGCGUCAGGAGAUAUAUAAAAGGAUUGAGUAAAAAGUGAGGAAGAAUAAGGCUAAGAGUAAGAUAACAUUUGGGUGACCGUAGUGGUGAAAGAAGUGAGUGAAAGAGUGGAAAGAAGAAUAAGAAGAGGAGAGAGAGAGAGAGAGAAGAGGAAGAGGAGCAGCAGGAGGAGAGACGCCACGUCUCUGCACAGGUAGAGAGGGCAAACAACUGCACCCAGUCCUUGUGUACUUGUUGAGCCUGAGCAUCGGUCGGAGGCACCCGGGCUCGCUGGCGCUUUAAUAUUUAACAAGAGUCUACGAGUUAAAGAGGCUAGAAGAGUUCAUGAGACGGCGACGAGGUUCACUAGGAUUCUCGACGACGAGCUGCAAGUCGACAAUUCAAAAGUGAAAGAAGAAGACGGCAUCUCUGGUCGAAGGGACUAUAGAGAAGCUUCGGUCGAAUAGAAGACGCGGAAGCGGAGCACGUGGCUUCCUCUACAGCGUGGAACUCCUCCUAGGAUCAUCCCCUGGAGUGUUCACCCUCGAUCUAUCUUGCCAAGAGACUCCUAAACUCAUCCACUCUGUUAAUCGGCCUUCUUAAGCGGCUCCAGUGCCACGAGGCUCUCGAAGACCCUUGAAACUCCCGAAGGAGCGCAUACACCUGCCGUAUUUACUGCUAAGCUGCUGAGCCGAUCGAGUGCUGAGUUGGGCACUGGAUAUUGACCAGCAAUACGGUAAACACAGAUCCGGAGUCAAGAGUCUAUAAGGAUCUGUAUAUAGAGCAGUCCAGUUAAUCUUCGGGCUGCGCCAAGGACCCAGAGGGCGCCCAGUCAGCUAGCUAGUGCCUGCUCGUGGAACUGAUCGAGGAACGUCCGGAGGUUUAAAGUGAAUCGGAUCGACGAGAGAGGCACAAUCCCGUCCGCAGGUGAGCGGGUGCAUAAGAAGACCGGGGUCGAGGGUCAAGGUCAGGGUCGCCGGGAGCAUCCAUUGCGUCUCACCGUACAAGAAGCAUCUUCUUUGUCGUCGUCCUCGUCAUUGUCGUCGGUGCCGUUGCUUGACUCUGUGAGAGUUAGUGCGGUCGCCGAAGGCGGGGGAGGAGGAGGAGGAGGAGGAGGAGGAGGCGGUGGGUGGCUCGAGUUGUGCGGGUGUACGAGGAGAACGGAUUUUGGGGUGGCCUCGUCAGGCAGUUUGACUCCAAACGCACCGGGCCCCGGGGCUGCGGUGGUGGGUUGCCUGGUUGGGGUGUACCCGUGCUCAUCCACGGGGCCCAGGGGCCCCACGUCCCAUAUACAAGGACUUCAAGGACUCCAAGGACCCCAAGGCUCGCAGAGCUGUCGUGGCUGUUGCUGCGGUCAUAACAACCCGGCGGUACAGCUUACGAGCCAACGGGGCGGCCUAUCGCUGAGGGUAGCGAGGGUGGCGUCCACCACCUCCGUCCGAGCCGCCCCCUACGCCCACCCCCAGCACCAGGGGCUGGGGCAGGAGUGCAGGUGUAGGGAGGAGACGGGCGCAGUGGGUGGAGGUGGUGCGCACAUCCUCGGCAGCCCGAUGCUGUUCGUCCCGUUCACGGUGCCCACCUUCCCUGCGACGCAUCAGACAUCCCACCCGCAUCAGACGCAUCACCAGCAACUCUCCACGUCUCAGAAUCCUGGCCAGCAGCCGCAAAUCAACCAGCUCAGCCAGCUUAAUCAGCUUAACCAGCUGAACCAGAUCAACCAGCUGAAUCACCUGAAUCAUCAGGGAAUACCAGCCACCACGCAGCCCAUCGUUCAUAGCACCAGCUGUUCGCCGCAGCAGCAGGCUACAACACCAAACAAGGAAAUGAAAGUCAACUGGGCGACGUCGCCGGGAAACCAGCCGAAGCAGGACACAAGUAAACACUACCACAUAUUCGUCGGAGACCUCAGCCCUGAGAUCGAGACGCAGACCUUGAGAGAAGCAUUCGCACCCUUCGGCGAGAUCUCAGACUGCAGAGUCGUAAGGGAUCCACAGACGCUCAAAUCCAAAGGAUAUGGAUUCGUCUCGUUUGUCAAAAAAGCUGAGGCAGAAAGUGCCAUCGGCGCCAUGAACGGACAAUGGCUCGGCAGCAGGAACAUCCGGACAAAUUGGGCGACCCGCAAACCGCCGGCACCGAAAUCCGAAGCAAACGCAAAGCCGCUGACGUUCGACGAGGUCUACAACCAGAGCAGCCCCACAAACUGCACCGUCUACUGCGGCGGGCUGACCAAUGGCCUCACGGAGGAGCUCAUGCAGAAGACGUUCUCACCCUUCGGAUCCAUCCAGGAGAUACGCGUCUUCAAGGACAAGGGUUACGCGUUCAUUAGGUUUUCAACUAAGGAAUCCGCCACGCACGCUAUAGUUGCUGUGCACAACACGGACAUCAACGGUCAGACAGUGAAGUGUAGCUGGGGAAAGGAAAGCGGAGAUCCUAACAACGCCCAGCAGACGGGACAGGCUCUGUCUUCGGCGACGUACCCGUACUACGCGGCAGCUGCCGCUGCCGCUGCGGCGGCGGCCGGCGUCGCGGGCGUCGGUGGAGUUGGAGGCGUCGGAGGCGCCGGACAGCUCGGCUACUGGUACCCACCACAAUCUUAUCCUACGACGGCAACGCAGAUGCAGGCUGGUGGAUUUCUGCAAGGGAUGCAAGGAUACACCUAUGGACAGUUUGCUGGGUAUCAGCAAGCUCAGUAUAUGGGGAUGGGAAUGGGAGUUCAUGCGGCAGGAACGGCUGCUGGAUGGGGACAGGGUUUACCUGGAGGACCUCAGCUACCCCCUCACCAUGCCACAACGGUGACGGCACCCCCGGGGGUGCAGGCUGCACCACCGCCACCCCCGCCACCAGCGCAAAUGAUGGCUUACCCCAUGCAACAGUUCCAGGCUUGUCAAAGCAGCCGCUUCGGCCACUCAGUCUUUGCCGAUUCUCAACGGUGCCCAAUUACCCAUGGAAAUGAAGGUAACGGCCUAAGCCUUCGACCUUUCACCUUCCUCUAGUUCAUUAGGCAGCCAUAUCUGCAUUACGUAUGUACGCAUAUAUGGGUAUGUACGUGCUCGCAAUGGUUGGGAGAUAAUUCGAACGAGGUGAUUGUA